AUGCCUUGGCGCCACAACUGUAGUUCUGUAGGCGGGGGGAGGCCUGGAAGGUACAACACGCGGGCUGGUCCCGUGGAGGGAAAACUGAACGUGCACCUCGUCGCGCAUUCGCACGAUGACGUGGGGUGGCUUAAAACCGUCGAUCAGUACUAUAUCGGGUCGAAUAACUCCAUUCAGGUUGCUGCAGUACAGUACAUACUCGAUACAGUGGUGGAGCAGCUGAGCGAGGAUCCCAACAGGAAGUUCAUUCAGGUGGAGCAGGCAUUCUUCCAGCGCUGGUGGCGCCGCCAAUCCAAGGACGUGCAACGUGUCGUCAGGCGAUUGGUCAAGAACGGCCAACUCGAAUUCACCAACGGCGGGUGGUGCACGCACGACGAGGCGGCGACGCAUUACACGGACAUGGUGCAUCAGAUGUCGCUGGGGCUGCGCCUCAUCCGCCGCCAGUUCGGCCAGGUGCCGCGCGUCGCCUGGCAGAUCGACCCCUUCGGCCACUCCGCCGUGCAGGGCUACCUCAUCUCCGCCAUGGGCGGGUUCGACGCGGUGUUCUUCGCGCGCGCGGACUACGAGGACAGCGAGGCGCGGUACCGCGCGCGCACGGCGGAGUUCGUGUGGCGCGCGUCCGACACGCUGCAGCAGCGCGCGGAGGUGUUCGGCGGGCGGCUGUACGUGCACUACCUGCCGCCCGACUCGUUCCGCUACGACACCAACAACUGGGACCCGCCCGUGCAGGACGACCCGGAGCUAUAUGACUUCAACGUGCAGGAGAGGGUAGACAAGUUCGUGGAAACUGCACUCAAACAGGCGGAGAGCUACCGCACGAGCCACAUCAUGUGGACGAUGGGGGACGACUUCGCGUACAGCAACGCGGUGACGUGGUUCCGCAACAUGGACAAGCUCAUCCACUACGUCAAUCGGGAUGGGCGUGUGAACGCAUUCUACUCCACGCCCUCCAUUUAUGUGGAUGCUAAGCACCGGGCCAACGAGUCCUGGCCCGUCAAGACUGGAGACUUCUUCCCCUAUGCGGACUGUCCGCACUGCUACUGGACGGGGUACUUCUCCAGCCGCCCCGCCUUCAAGCGCUACGUGCGACAGUGCAGCGCGCUCCUCCUUGCUGCCCGGCAAGUGGAGGCUCUGGUGGGGGGCAGCAGGCUGGGGAGAGGACAGGAGGGGGGGGCAGGGGGAGUGGAGGAGUUGGAGGAGGCGAUGGCGGUGGUGCAGCACCACGACUCGGUGAGCGGCACGGCCAAGCAGCAUGUCAACGACGACUACACUCUGCGCCUCUAUCGCGGGGCCGUCAAGGCCUCCUCUCUGCUCACACGGGCGAUUCGUUACAUGAUCUCCCACCAGUCAGAUGCUGACACGUGGCAAGCCCAGUCUCUCCUGCAGCAGAUGCCAAGCUCCCAACCCAUCCCGACUCCCACCUCGCCACUCAUGCGGGCUCUUACAAAACGGGGUGCAGCAGCAGCAACAGCAGCAACAGCAGCAGCAGCAUCAGGGGGUCAAGCGGGCAGGAGCAGUGCCAAUUUGAGGCUCAGCUUUGAGCUGUGCCCACUGGCCAACAUCUCAUUCUGCCCGCCUUCACAAACGGAUCUUCAGGAUGGGAAAGUCCUGGUGGUGGCAGUGUACAACCCACUGGCAUGGGCUCGCAAAGAGAUUGUUCGAUUCCCAAUGCUUUCACCAUCUCCAUUUGUAGUCUCUUCUCUUUCUCCUCCCCUCUUGCUUUCUCCCUUCGCCCUCACCUCCUCUUACUGCACGCCUGCUCUUGUCCAGGUGUCAACUGCUGAUGUGGAAGUUAUGAAUGCCAGCGGGGCAAUCAUCCCCUCCCAAGUCCUUCCAGACACCCUCCUUCUCCCCUCCACCCGUUCCUUCCUUAUCCAAGUCUAUGCCGGACCUGAUGCCGAACCAAACGCCAGAUCUGCUGCCGGACCCGAAGCUACAGCUGGUGCCGAGCCUGGUAGUGCAGAGUCGGAGGCGCUGUCACUAGUGUUCUGGGCGGACGCACCUCCCUUAGGCGUUGCCUCGUACUUCGUGCUGUACAAGUAUCCAGAGCGCAUGGGGCUCGGGAGGACAGAGGAAGGAGUGGGGCAGGAGAACGUAGAAGAGGAGGGGGUGUUGCAGGAGGAUAGCCUGGACCUGGAGGAGAGAUUGGUGGAGGGCCGAAAGGAAAGUGAUGAGCGGAAAGUGAUGCAUGAGGGUGGUGAGGAGGACGACGACGAGAUAGUGAUUGGGGGGUGGGUAGAGGGGGAGGAGGGUAGCACCAGCAGUGGCGGGACUGGCAGCAGCGGCUGCACUGGCAGCAGCGGCAGCAGUGCGUUGACUCUCACUUUCUCCAGGUCGCAGGGAGGCAGGAUGACUCGUGCUGUGCUGCUGAAGAGGGGCGAGGGGCAAGCGGCAGGAGCAUCAGUGGCAGCAGCGGCAGCGGAUGUGGGGGUGGAGUGGGCGUGGUACAAUGCGAGUGACGGCAAAGCGAGCAGGGAGGCAUCAGGGGCGUACAUCUUCCGCCCUGUCUCCUCCGACCCCGUGCCCAUCACCCCCACCAACGCCACUGCGGCAUCAGUGCGGGUGGUGCGAGGGGCGCUGGUGGACGAGGUGCAUCGCCAGGUGGCGCCCUGGAUUCAUGAGAUCGUGAGAGUGUACAAGGGCACCAACUAUGCCGAGCUGGAGUAUGCGGUGGGCCCAGUGCCCAUAGACGAUGGCUUUGGCAAGGAGGUGGUGCUGCGCCUCUCCUACUCCAUCGCCAGCGCUGCCACCUUUUUCACCGACUCCAACGGCCGAGAUUUCAUCAAGAGGACGCGCAACUUCCGCCCCGACUGGAACCUCACUGUCACUGAGCCUGCUGCUGGCAAUUACUACCCCCUGAACGCGGGAGUCUAUCUGCAUGACAACGCCACGGACUUCUCUGUGCUGGUGGACCGACCCAGCGGCGCGUCCAGCCUGGCGGACGGGCAGGUGGAGGUGAUGCUGCACCGCCGCCUGCUGCACGACGACCACCGCGGGGUGGCAGAGGCCCUCAACGAGCACGUGUGCGUGGGCGCGCAGGAGGGGGCAGAGGGGGCGCAACCACAACCGCCAACCUGCAUGGGCCUGGUGGUCGCUGGGACUUUGCGCUUUGGGUUGCACCCGCAUGGGCGGAGCAAGGGGGGUGUGGCGGGAGUGGGAGGGGUGGAAGGGAGUGGAGAGGGGUUGGCGGCAGGGAAGCGGGCGGAGGAGGGGGUUGAGGCGGCUGCGGAGUGGCGGCGCGGGAAUAUUCAGCGAAUAUUCUCUCCGCUGCAAGUGGCGUUCGCUGUUGAGAAUGAGGGUGACCUGGCAGCCGAGGGUGGACGGUACACGUGGCAGUUCUCUGGCACCCAGAAGAGCAAGUCUGAGGAGUCAACAGAGUCAAUGCUGUCAAUGCCGCUUGGAAGAGGAGGGAGACGGGCGAUGAAAGUAUCUAGCAGCAUUGUUGGGGAUAGGCGAGGGGAAGAGGAGGUGGAGGUGGAGGAAGGUUAUGAGGAGGAAGAAGAGAGGAAAGAGGGAGAGGAGGAGGAGGAUGACGAUGAGGAGGAUGCAGAGGAGGUGGAUAGGAAUCAGGAGAGUGGGGAGAGGGCGAGCAAGGGGAGUGCGUAUGAGCUUCCGAAGAACAUUGCCAUAAUCACACUGGAGGAGGUGCAUGAGUACAAGGUUCUGCUGCGACUUGCCCAUCUCUAUCAAGCUGAGGAGGACCCUAUUCUCUCGCAGCCAGCUCGUGUGGAUCUUGACAGGCUCUUUGCACACCAAGAGAUUGAGAAGGUGACCGAGCUCAGCCUGAUGGCAAAUCAGAAGCUCUCGAAGAUGCGACCACCAAUGAAAUGGAGGACCGAGGAGGAGGUGAAGUCAACGGAUGGGGUACAUGGAGUUGGACAGAGGGAUGCAUUCGACUCCAUGGACGGGCCAUUCAUUGUGGAGCUUGGACCAAUGGAGAUUCGCACUUUUGCGGUACACUUCGAUGAUUGA